GAAAAAGCAGAGAAAAAACUUUGUAGUUGGUAAUGAGGGCGAGGCUUCAUUUGCCCUGUUCCUGCCUGACUUGGCUCUCUGAUUCCCCGCAGAGUUAAGUUGCAGCCCCUCAUUCUUUCUCUGUUCGCAGUGGAGGUUUUUCUUCUGCUUUUCUGUCAUGGAUUUUUCGGCUGCGUGUUGAAGUUUUGGGCGUCCAGAGGACAGAUCGUGGUAACCUCAUACACAGCUCGCUCCCUCCGCGCCCCCCGGUCUGUACACACACGCGCGUGCGUCUGUAGCUCUCGCCUGAUUUGCACCAGCGCGGGUCAUUUCAGGUUAAACCCUGGCGCUGUGUCCCGUUCAGUUUGGCCGACGGAGAACCCUGGAUCCAGCUGAGGAGGAAUGCACAAGCACGGGGACACCGACUGAUAUCUGGAUACAAGCUUCGUCUGGCAUAUGCGACACCAGUACAGAUGUAAGUACGUCACGUCGCCGCCUUACCUGAGCUUCUUCAUCCCUACUCGCCUUCUGGGUCCCUGAGGUCAGCUGACCAGCUGCUCCUGCAGGUACCAGGUCCAGGAGGAAGCUCAGAGGGGACCGGGCCUUCUCUGUUCCUGCUCCACAAUUGUGGAAUAAUCUGCUUUACACAUCAGAGGCCCCUUCACUGUCCAUUUACAAAGCUCAUCUUAAAAGCCAUUUUUACUCUGGCUUUCAACCCCGGUGUUUCUCUCAGGGAGCUCAGCUGAUCCUCAGCGCCGGAGUCAGACCUCAUCACUUCUUCCUGGUUGGUAGGUACCCAGAUGUCUGAGAAGGCUCUGAGGAUGACAUCUUGGCCCUGAACCCCACCAGGAUGUCAGAGCCAGCAGAAAAAUGCUCCCCCAGCUGGAAAGAUGAGGCCAUUCAGAAUGGUUAUGUUCCGAGUUAUCUAGACAAGGACGAGCUAUGUGUGGUGUGCGGGGACAAAGCCACCGGCUAUCACUAUCGCUGCAUCACCUGCGAAGGUUGCAAGGGAUUCUUCAGACGUACAAUCCAGAAAAACCUCAACCCAACCUACGCUUGUAAGUAUGAGGGCAAGUGUGCUAUCGACAAAGUGACCAGAAACCAGUGCCAAGAAUGUCGCUUCAAGAAGUGCAUUGCAGUGGGAAUGGCAACAGACUUGGUGUUGGACGACAGCAAGCGGCUGGCCAAGCGGAAGCUGAUCGAGGAGAACCGGGAGCGCCGGCGUCGGGAGGAGCUACAGAAGACGGUGUGGGACCGACCGGAGCCCACCCAGGAGGAGUGGGACCUCAUCCGUAUGGUGACGGAAGCCCACAUGGCCACCAACGCCCAGGGCAACCACUGGAAGCAGAAACGAAAAUUCCUGAGUGCAGCGGGGGUGAAGGAGACAAAGCCUGAGGAGUUUGGUCAAGCGUCCAUGGUCAAUGCACCUGAAGGAAACAAAGUGGACAUAGAAGCCUUCAGUCAGUUUACAAAAAUUAUCACCCCUGCCAUAACCCGAGUGGUGGACUUUGCCAAAAAACUGCCUAUGUUCUGUGAGCUGCCUUGUGAAGACCAGAUCAUCCUGUUGAAAGGCUGUUGCAUGGAGAUCAUGUCUCUAAGAGCAGCUGUUCGCUACGAUCCAGAGAGCGAGACCCUCACGCUCAACGGGGAAAUGGCAGUCACGCGGGAUCAGCUUAAAAAUGGAGGCCUGGGUGUCGUCUCAGACGCCAUCUUUGACCUGGGUGUGUCACUAUCCUCCUUUGACCUGGAUGACUCCGAAGUGGCUCUUCUACAGGCCGUCAUCCUGCUGUCAUCCGAUCGUCCAGGCCUGAGUUGCAUGGAGCGAAUUGAGCGCUGCCAAGAGGAGUUCCUCCUGGCCUUUGAACAUUACAUCAACUACCGCAAACACAAAGUGGCGCAUUUCUGGCCCAAGCUGCUAAUGAAGGUGACGGACCUGCGGAUGAUCGGCGCCUGCCACGCCAGCCGAUUCCUCCAUAUGAAAGUGGAGUGUCCCACUGAGCUGUUCCCUCCUCUCUUCCUGGAGGUCUUCGAAGACUGAUCAGUGGAUUUCAGUGUAUGUGUGUCUGUGUGCAUGUAUGUGUGUGUCAAAGCCUGGGCACCCUGGUGGUCCCAGGGGUGGAACCAGCCGAAGGCCCAUCUCAAUGAACUUUCUAAUAGCACUACUGAGUGUCACUUCAUUCCAUAGUUUAGGAGUAGCUCUCUGGUCUAGUUUGGGAUGGAUCACAUUGCGGGUACAUGUGAAUAGCCUCUUUUGUUUGUUUUUCUUUUUUGUUUCCAGGUUUGUUUUUAUUAUGUUCACCUCGGAUUUUGCUCUAGUUUUUUGUUGUUGUUAAUGAUUGUACAGUUGACAUACUGUAAUUGUGAUCUCAUCUAAUUUGUUCAUUCAUGCAAAUGUUGUGUUUUCCUUCCUUUACGUAAAAAAAAAAACUCCCUCACUUCUCUCAUUAACAAAAUACAACUUUGUGAACGAUAUGUUAGCUUUUCCCCAAUUGUUGGACUGCUGGUUAAUGCCUGGUGAGCUAACCUUCCUCACCAUCACACUGUGAUCUGACUCAUUAACAGCUGACAGACUUUCAGGGGUCUCUGUGUAGCCACUUCAAGCUGCGUUCAAAAGCUCUCGGAAAAAUUAAUUCAAGUCAAGGUCGAGCUCCAAGCAAAAGAAAAAUUGUUAGUCUUACAGAAACUAUUAUUAAAGUUUCAGCUUAACUCUCCCCAAUAUUUACUUGUGUGGUAUUUACACAUGACAUUGCUACGUGACUGCUAACUGCUAGCAUUGCUAAAUAUUAUACACAAACAUUAUCUGUUAAACUAUGACAGAUUCAGGCCAGGGCAGAAAAAAACACCCAGUUUUUCAUAUACAGAAUUACAAGAAGCAAAAAAAGAAGAACAGUCUGAAAGACUUUAAUCAAGUCUGGAAGAUUAAUUCUGCUUCCUAGAAGCUAGAGGUGGGUGGACCAAAAUAUUCACUCAGUAAAUGUAAAGAUAAGACAGCCAGAUAUGACCUUGAUUUUUACAUGCUGGACUAAGACGACACAGAGAAGCUGUAGGUUAAUGAUGGUGCUGGAGCCGUAGAAGGAACGCAGCAGUAGCCCUAAAGCGACCCUGCCAAUCACCGAUCAAUGCCAGAGACAGGUCCGGAUUGAUUAGAAGCACAUUACCUUACUGAUGGCAGGAAAAGACAAUCGUAAAUCAUCAUAUUUUGUGGAACAAUUCCAGAUGUUGUGCCAAAAUCAAGUGUAUGCCCUCUUUAUGGUAUCCGUGCUGGACCUUUUUUUAUUAUUGAUAUCAAUAUCUAUAAUAUUUGAUAGCCGAUAUAAAGUCUGAUGCUGCAUGUUUCACA